GUGGCGAUGGUUCUGAUACUGUUGGUGGCCAUUCCCUUGCUGGUCCACACAACCAAAGGGGGGAACACCGGAAAUUCAGGGAGCCACUAUGAAAUGCUUGGAAGCUGCCGGAUGGUAUGCGACCCCUACACCACCUCUCAGCCAGGCCAGGAGCUGACAGCUGUGUCUCCACCGCCCCAGGAUUACUCUGGAAAGAAGAUAAAAUCUGGGCUUCGUGGGCCUCCAGGGGUUCCUGGCCCUCCAGGAGCACGUGGACCCCCCGGAGAGCCAGGCAAACCGGGGCCACAGGGACCCCCAGGUCCUGGUCCUGGUGGCUAUUCGCCCUCGCUCUACACUCCCAAAAUUGCCUUUUACGCAGGGCUACGCAAGCAGCAUGAGGGGAGUGAAAUACUGAAGUUUGAUGAUGUGGUGACCAAUGUAGGUAACUACUACGAGCCCAGCACCGGCAAGUUCACCUGCCCUCUGCCUGGCAUCUACUUCUUCACCUACCAUGUUCUAAUGAGAGGUGGUGACGGGACCAGCAUGUGGGCAGACCUGAAGAAGAAUGGACUGGUAAGAGCCAGCGCCAUCGCUCAGGAUGCAGAUCAGAAUUACGACUAUGCCUCCAACAGUGUGAUCCUGCAUUUGGACGUGGGCGAUGAGGUGUGUGUGCAGCUGGACGGAGGGAAGGUCCACGGAGGGAACACAAACAAGUACAGCACCUUCUCCGGCUUCCUCAUCUAUCCAGACUGA